AUGCGAGGUUUGCGCCUCAGAACCCUCCAAAUACCGAUGUCCGACAUGUGGGCUUUUGAGAACGAUACCGACCCCCAUGCUUUAGGGUCUUCACCCCAGCUUAAGGAGCUGUUCGAUCGUUAUCCGGCACUACGUGACCAGUUACGAGAUAUCUAUAAGGCUACCCUUGAGGAGGAAUGGGUUGAGACUCAAGUUCAUGGGGGCCGACGUCCCUUCGGACGGGGAAAGGGAGCUCCUCGCAGCCGAGGACCUUGGACUCGUGAGAAGGGCUUCAACAGAGGGUUGGGAAAAGUUAGAAAACUAAGGGAGAUGUGCGAAGAAGGCUCCGAGGUCGGGAAAAACGCCGAAGGCUACAUGCGAUUCGUAGCUUUGGUCAAUGGAGAGCGAUUCCCCCAGGAAUCUACAUGA